AUGUCCCUGCUCCCACGCUUUGUGUUGUUGCUCCUUGUAGUGGCAGCUUUCGCCACCAUUCCCUCUCUAGCUGAUGAACAUGGCGGACCCCAUCAUGAUGGUGGUGGUGAUGAUCACAAACCUCCCCAUUCUGAGAAGCCACCCCAAGAACAUGAUCAUCAUGAACCACCAAAGAAGAAUCCUCCUACUGAAGAGCCUCCCCACCAUGGUCCUCACCCUCAGGAUGCCCUUGAUUCUCACCAUGUGAAGCAGCACGCAACUCCCGGGAAGAAGCCACCACCACAGCACAAGGGUCCUCCUCACCACCCUGGCCAGACUCUGCUUGAGGAUGCCCAAGAAUUAGCUGGAAUGCCACGGAAGGUGAACCCAUCUUCCAGUCCAUUAAAGAAGACAUCACCACCUGAGAAGAAGCACCCUGGCCCUGGUCCUUCACACAAGCCUAAACCUCCUGUUCAUCAUGAAUAG